AUGGUCAACAUAAUAUCGCGCGCGCGGAAGCUGCAGAAGUUGCUAUGGAUAAGAAAUGGGCCAGGCGCUGUGGUGCUGCCCAAGGAGGUGUCGAAGAUCAGCCUGGAGCUCAACACUAAGAUCCAUGGCGGGCACUGGGGCGCGAGAAAAUUCUGGCGCAACAUGCUACCGCGGAUAAAAUACUACAACCCCUCGAUUCCCGUAGAGGUCAAGCGGCACAAUUCCCCCGAAGGAGCUUCGGCACUGCACAUCUUCAUGGGGAGCACGCCCAACACCCCGGACGGCUCAUCCAACACCUCCGUUCCCUCUAUGGCCGCCACAAGCGACGCAACUCCACCUCAUGGAGCCGCCGCUCCAACUUACUCCAUUGACAUCCGCGAUCAACAUCACACUGAGAUCCUGGAUGCGCUGCUCGCGAAACUGCCAGAGAGCCAGAUUAUCCGCCCGACUCCCGAGGAUGAGGAAAAGAUGGCCGAGAUGGCUCAGAUGGAUGAGAGGAGCGAGGCGGACCGAGCGAUGGUCAAGGAGGUGUUUUUGAAGCAGAGGCGGGAGGAGGAGUUGCUGAAGCUGGCGAGAGGUGAGAUAACUGCUCCUUCUGCUCAGUAG